UCCGGGACUGGCAUCCUCUGCGUUGCUGCUCUGCUCGGCGGGGACCCCGCGCGCGGCCAUGGCGGUGCGGCGGCGGCCAGUGCGCGUGCUGGUGGACAUGGACGGCGUGCUGGCAGACUUCGAGUCUGGCCUCCUGCAGGGCUUCCGCCGCCGCUUCCCCGGGGACCCGCACGUGCCGCUGGAGCAGCGCCGCGGUUUCCUCGCCAGCGAGCAGUACCGAGCCCUGCGGCCGGACCUAGCGGAGAAACUGGCCAGUGUGUAUGAAGCUCCAGGCUUUUUCCUAAACUUGGAGCCCGUCCCUGGGGCCGUGGACGCUUUUCGAGAGAUGAACGACUUGCAAGACACCGAGGUCUUCAUCUGCACCAGCCCACUGCGGAAGUACGACCACUGUGUGGGCGAGAAGUAUCGUUGGGUAGAGCAGAACCUGGGGCCUGAGUUUGUGGAACGGAUUAUCCUGACUAGGGACAAGACAGUAGUCAUGGGGGACCUGCUCAUUGAUGACAAAGACACCAUUCAAGACCGCAUGCUGUGCCUUUCCUGCUGCAGGCCUCGAGGAGACCCCAAGCUGGGAGCACAUCUUGUUCACCUGCUGCCACAAUCAGCACCUGGCCCUGCCCCCCACCAGGAGACGGCUGCUUUCCUGGAGUGAUAACUGGAGGGGCAUCAUAGAUAGCAAGCGAACCGGCCUGUGAAGGACCCUGAGGUGUGUCAACAGGAGCCUGCACGCACAAGUGACUUUCUCCAGGCAGGGAGCCACGGUAACCUCCACUUGAACAGACUCCGCCAUCUGGCCCUUCUCAAGAUGGCUGCACCCAGAAGGAGCAGGGCUGGUACAGAAAUACAACGGGAAAAUCAGGAGAUUUUUAAUAAAAAUGAAAACCAAAA